AUGAGUUUCUUUAAAUUAAACCAAGUUGCCAACAAUGUAGUUUCCACCGCUUCUACGAUUCCAGCUGUAAGAUGUGAAGAAUAAGAUUGAGUUUGUUUUAGUUUACCGCUGCCUAUCAACCUCGUCCUAUCGUUUACAGUGACGACACCAGCAUGCAGCGCGUUCCUCUUCGUGCCGCUACUCAGACGGCUCGAUAUGUCUCUACCAUCCCUAAGCCCACCACUCCCAAGCCAACUCUGGAGGAGUUCGAUCCUUUGAACCCAGGAGGUUGGCAAUUGGGAGCUGGAGGUAAGAUUCUUCCCCGUCUGCCCGAGGGAACUCGCUGUGGCAAGUUGGUCAUGGGCAAGUACGGUUUGUAUGAUCCCAAACUCCGAAGACAAGUCGAGGAAUUCGCUGUAAGCAAUUUUAUUUUUGUUUUUCUUGUAGUUCAGGCAAAUAAAAUGCGCUACAGUUUUAAAAAGCAAAUUUCUCUUGUUUCAGGCCGGUUUGGAAGCCGGAAAUAAAUCCGAGGAGGCCACCCCAGUCCACGCCAAGCACGCCAAGAUUUCCAAAUUCAUGUCUCAUGUUGUCUUCUUGCUGGGUAUCUACAACUUGAUUACUUUGGUCUACGGUAAGCCAAUUUGGCCUUACCACAACCACAAGAUUCCCGGCUCUGCUUAA